UGUUGGCUGAGCCCGUAUAAUGAUAAGGUCCUCGAUCACAUUUUCCGCGACCAGUCUGAUGUGAACGAAUCUCCAAUGUGCAAAGACUGCCUAGUUUCUGACAAGGUCAUCGUAAAGUAGAGAGGACUCAGCAGAAUCAAGCAAGAAUCAGUCAGUUCCAAGUUGGACUGGCUACAACACCGUCGCAAACAAGAAUAUUGUCCCAUCUAAGAGUGAAAUCGGAUAUCUUCAGAUGAUUGACGCCUCAUCAACAGACCUUUCUAAGAUUUAUACGAUGCUGAAGCCAUCAGUCGCUAUUACCGAGUGUCUUGGCCUCCCUGGUACCGUCAUCGUGCUUGAUCAAGCGAUAUACGCAAAGGCUCUGGAAAUAGUGUGGAAGCGUCAAGAAGAAUUCAGUACAGUUGUUUUGCGGAUGGGAGAGUUUCAUGUUGGUUGCAUGUUUCUAGCUGUUUUAGGAAAACGCUUUGCGGACGGUGGACUUUGUGAGGUGUGACCUCAUUUUAGAGUCAAGGCUCGUGGGAAGUGGAUCUUUCAGGGGUGUUCUAGGGGGGAAGCACUACAACCGAAGUAUCCGUGUACACAAAGUAGUUCUUGAAGCACUGUUACGCCUCAGCUGGUCCAAAGCUACAGAACGUCCGACGAAAAGAAGCAAAAUUGGACGCAGUUGAAAGCGUCAUUCUUUGGACAAGAGGGACCAUCACCUGAGGAAAUUCAGUCUCUUGUUGAGUCUGAGUUGAGGGCACUGUUCACGUCAUUCCAGAAAUUCAGCGCUUCAUCCCCCGGGAAGAUGAGCAAAUACUGGAACUCGUACAUAGAAAUGGUGACCCUCUUGCUGAGGUUCAUCAGAGCAACCCGAGAGGGAAAUUGGAGCUUGUAUCUGGCUUGUGUGAGGGACAUGCUGCCAUGGGUAUUUCGCCUAUGACCGCACACACGGAAGAGAAGCACCCGUACACCCAUGAUGCAUUCAAUUCAGGAGACUUUGUUGUUCAACGAAGGGCAUCUAAUGGUUUUGGUCAGCUUGCAGUAGAUCAGACCAUAGAACAAACCAUCAACUGUGACACAAAGUCAAAGGGAGGCAUCAUUGGCUUCACUGUAAACAAAUCCGCGGUCCAGCGAUGGAUCCUAACAUCUCACGAGCGUGCAGAGGUCACACAGAAUUGCCGGGAAAUGACGGGGUGUUCGAGAAUCGAGAGUGAGUUUGGUGUGAAAGAGACCGGAAAAGCAAGAAUGGCAAGAGAUGAAGCCGACGUGCAAAGUGUAGUGUCACUACUUACCAAUUGGUCGAAUACAUUUGCUGCCGAGGAUGACGCUUAUCUCUUUCAUAUUGAUUCUGGAUUGACGGUCCCUGAACCUGUGACACAAGGCAUUCUUGGUGCUUAUGACAAGGGAAGGCAAGCGUCUAAAGCUUACAUCAAGGAGCGUCUUAUCAACAGCACGGGCUCUGUGUAUGACACCAUAUCGAGACUGAACGUUCCAGGAUUCAGCACUGUUACAAGGAAGAUCAAAGUUGCUGGAGAUGUCAUCAUCAAAGCAGACAGAGACUUGUUUUCACGUCUACUUGUGAUAGCUCAAUCCAGGGAAAUGGACUUGCGAGAACUUCUUAAGUUUUCGCUUGGCCCUCUUUCAUUUUCGAUCAGCAUCAGUCUCCACGCGGUAACAAACGCGCCGAGGAUGACUGGAACGAGGGGUUUACGUCAUAUCAGGAACGAAAGUGACUCGCACAUUCUCAAAACAACAGCGUUCAUGCGACUUCUACAAGACCAUAGCGAAACCAGUGCGAUUUAUUACAGAUUUUUUACGUAGAAAAAAGGUUUUUGAUCGACGAAAAUGCCCAAUCGGUGCAUUGUAUUCGGUUGUGGCAAUGUACCGUCGCAAAAA